GUAUUUUCCAGCCUAAUUAAUCCUGUGUUUCUGAGACCCGAGACCGCAGUGCCCGAGAGCUCCGAGCUCACUGUGGGGCGGGGGAGCCGCCAGGACGCUCGCAGCAGCACCGCUGCCGUUCCCGCGCCGCUAACGCUGCGCGAGGGCCCCACACGGGCGUGCUCCGGCCCCGCCUUCCCCGAGCCAGCGCUCCCGGGCACCGCCUCCCUCGGGCUGCCGCCGUCCCACCCCGCCCUAGGGCGUACCACGGGAGGUGGCAGCGCUUCUUCCUUCUCUGCCCUCCCCGCCGGCGGUGCGAGGCCGCCGCUGUCCCGCCCCGGAGCGGCCAUGGCGACGCGCCGUGGCAGUAGGUUAAGGACCUUUUCUACAAAGCCUGGGGAACCUUCUGAAAUUGUAAAUGCUGGAAUUAAAAGUCUGUAUUUGACACCUCGCAUGAAACCGAAGUCAGAUGUGUGCUUUGAGAGCAUGCCAUCAGAAAUGCUGCUGGAGAUAUUUUCCUAUUUGGAUGCUGUGUCCCUACUGUCUCUUGGUUGUGUGAAUAAGCGCUUCUAUGAGCUGGCCAAUGACAAUGAAAUUUGGCUGAAACUCUAUUCCAGUACUUUGCACUCAAAAUGGAAAAUGAAGUCUAAACAAAUGGAAGCUGUUCCUUUGGACUGUGCUGCUCUACAUGAUAAAAAGCCUGGGUACUGGAAGAAGGAAUACAUCUUCAAACAAACGUGUGCCUUCAAAACUAGAGUAAUGCGGCUUGUUAAAUUUCGAGAUCCUUAUACAGGUCUUCCAUGUAAAAACAAAGAAGCUAUGAAAGUCUCUGGUUUGAGUUGGAUAAUUGUUCUAAAGGACAAAAAUGGAAAAGAACAUUCAGCAGAGAAGCCAAACCUAUCAUUUAAGGACACAUCUGUUACCAUACUUUGGUAUGGUACAGACUGGCCAAGCUUAGACGUCCUGUCAACCCUAAAACUGUUUGGAGUUACACCUUUGCUUCCUGACCAAAGCAGACCCCCCAACAAGAAUGGACCUCGUCGAUUUUCAUUGAUUGCUGAAUACCAUCUUGCUGACCUGACUGAAAGUAGUGUAGCACUUGGUGCUGAUAAGCUUGUGCAGCUCUUCAGUCUGAGUCCGGGACUGUUAUUAGGAAUCUGGAAGGAGAAAAAUGAAAUUGCUUUUGUUAUGGCGAAUCUUCAUUAUAAUCAACUUCUUGAGAGAAGCAUUUUGGGUUCUGCUACUGUUCAAUAUGCUGUUCCACCUGAUAAACCUUUACUGGAUGAUAUUGACUCAGAAUAUGGACUUCAUGACUACAGCCUUCAUCUUGAUUUGCAUGGCAGAAACUGCAUGUACCUGUGUGGAUCAUUCAAGUGCCUCUUCUGCAGAAAAGGUGACAUUGAAAAUGGAUACCUGAGGCUCAGAGUUGUAAACUUAAAGGAUAAUAGGAAGCACUUGCCUAUUACUGGGACACUUGGCAUAUGCUGGGAAACAGAUGUGCUUAAAGGCAAAGUAAAGGACUGCUUUGUGAUGGAUCUGACUCUCUUGGAUGAAACUGGAAAGCCCUUCUGGUGUUUUAGUGCUCCCCUCCACAUGGAAUUGUCUACCAAGUCAUCUGGCCUUUAUGACUAUAUGGGUCAUAUCUAUACUGCAGAUUAUGCAGAUUCAGAGGGUAAAGUCUGUGUUAAGUUUGUAUGGUUGGAGGAAACCGAGGAAUAUGUUAUAGUCAGUUUGGUGCUUUAUGUGAGCACCAAAAAGGUAAAUAGCUGGUAUGGAACAAACUACUGACUUAAUUAGGUCGCUAAUUUCCUGCUUGCUAAUUUCCUGUUUGCCUGAAAAAGCAAACCAAACAAACAACACUCCCACAACAAAAACCCACAAACUGUUGAUGCUUAACAUUGACACCAACAAGCAAGACUCCUCCUGCAAGUUUUCCAGUAACAGGUGCAAUUGCCUAAUGUUUUUAAUAGGCAGUUAAGGGAUCAAACAGACAUAUUGAUAUAACUGAUAGGCUUUCUUCUCUGUUGAACAUUAGUCUGUUUCUCACUGGCUAUAGUGAAAUUAUUUUUAGGAAGAUUUUUGUUUAUAGACACUUGUUAUUAUGGUUAAGGAAUUGCUUCUUUUGAGAGCCGUACUGUGAAGAAGCCUUACCUUUCAUAAGUUGCACUGGUUUUGAGAACAUUGACUUUUAUGCUUAGUAAUAAAACAGCAUGUGUGUUAUUUGCUCCAGGUUUGUUGGAGUGUUAUUGGUAAAUGACAGGUUUUGUUAAACACAUUUUAUUAAACGCUUUUCCCAGAAAAACUUCACUUAAAUAUAUUUUAGUAAAAGAUUAAAAGGGUAGAUGGGGAGGCAGAUCUGAAAAAAUAGGUAUUUGUUAAGAAAGUCAUGUGCAAAACCUAUUUAUGACAUUUCUUUAAAUGCCUGUUUGUUCUGUUUUCCCAUGUUCUAACCUUGUCUGAUUUGAGCCUAGGUAUUUGCCUCACAUACUGGUCUAUGAGUAAGUGUCCCAAUUAUCAGCCAACCUGAGCUGAUACUUGUUCUUAUGAAUGUAUGGUAACAUUCAGUUGUUUUGGAAACAAUGUAAAUCUAACAAUAUGAAUCCAAUUAAAAAUUGAAUAUGUGUGCCUGA